UAGUGGUUCGUAACUGCAGACGCUUGAAGACAUCUGGACGCUUUGCGCACGCAAACAUGUACAAUUAAAUUUCUGAAUGACAAUAUAAACAAAUUUCAAGAAAGACAGACCUUGGCUUUGCUAUGGUGAAAGAAAAGGUAAAUUCGAUACGGACGUAUGAUGACGAUGGGUACCGACGAAGAGCAGCUUGUCUUUGCUUUAAAGACGAAACAGAAAAAGAGAUUCUACUAGUGACCAGCAGCAAGCACAAAGACCGUUGGAUAGUUCCUGGUGGCGGUAUCGAGCCCCGGGAAGAACCAGACCUUGCAGCAGUUCGGGAAUGUAAGGAAGAGGCCGGCGUGCAUGGACAGCUCCUCAGGAAACUGGGCGUCUUUGAGUCCACACAUUUCAAUGAAGAUAAGAAUGUGGAGAAAAAGCACAGGACCAAUCUGUACGCCUUCAUUGUCACAGAACUACUAGACGAAUGGGAAGAUGGGAAAAUGAUGGAGAGAAAGCGUAUGUGGUUUAACCUGAAGGAAGCCCGGGAGUUGUUGGCCCACAAGCCUGUACAGGUGACGUAUCUGGACAGAAUAGCGUGCAACAUCAACGGGGUCGUUAAGUGAUGACAGCACAUGGGAAAGGGAUGUUCUUAGAAGAACACUUUUUUAUGAGUAGCUGUUUUGUAAAUCAUGUGCAUUUUCAUCUCAUAUUGUACAGUGUAUGCACAAAGAAUCUGUUGUCACUGUUUUUUGUGAGUGUAGAUAUUUUCAUUAUCUUUUUGAAGGUUUUUCCAAAUUCUAAUCAUAAUGCAAAACAUUGCUUAGUUUUUAGACUUUGCUGUUAAGUUAAAAAAAAUCUGUCAAUUGUUAAAGAAAUGUGUAAAUAUACUGUAAAACAUUUUUAAAUAUUAAAGUUAAAUUACAUUAUGUAAGACGUUUUUCAAAUCAAUCCAGGUUUGUCACUUAUAUACCUUUACACAAGUCAUAACAAAAACUAUUUAUUAAUAAGUGUGUAUUAAGGGUUACCAAUGCUUAGUUAUUUUAAUCUUGAACAAUAUAUUAACGAGAACAAAUAUAUUUCUCCAUAGCAUUUUUAAUAACAUUGUUUGUAGCAUGUUGAUUGUGUUUUAUAAUAUGAUGUCAAUUUGCUGUAAACAAAAAUGUGAACAGGGUCUCAUUCAUUGGUGCCAAAAAUGUAUUUACCUGGUCGCAUAUAACGCAUAGCCCAUACAUUAUGUAGAAGGUUAUGAUUUUAUUAAAAGGAAAUGUAUUUAUGGAACAUUUAGUAGCUCCUGAUCACUUAGUAGUCGGUUUAUGUCCGGAAUUUUGAUUGUCUAUCAUCAACGUUUAUGUAGUAGGGUAACUCGCCCUUGAGUCGGACAGGUUAACAGUAUGCAGCUAUAAUAAAAAGCUUUGUGAUCAAAGCCGGGACUCAGCUUGUGUAGGCUUUAACUAUCAUAUCAGGUGAAUCUAUUUUACACAUAAUUAUUUGAUUCCCAGCUUAUGUUCAUUGAAAAGUAGUUGAUUAACCAUACCCACUGAAUAAGAUGAUGAGUCAGACACAUGCGCCCUUAACACGGACACAGAUUUGUAUUCAGCAUUUAUUUGGUUAUCCAUUCCCUAUAUUUAUAAAAAUGCAAAUUGCACAGUAACAGUCAUGUGUUGAUUUUAUAAGUUGUUUAUGUUUAUAACAUGUUGACGAAAGUAAGUUAUAAAAAGAUGAAAAAUGACAUGGUCAUUUUCAUUGUCUAUCCAACCUUUACAACAACGGAACCUUUUGUUAUGCUCCCCCGAAAAACUUUGGGGGGAGCAUAUAGUCGGCGCUUCGUCUGUCGGUGUGUCCGUCCGUCCGUGCACAAUUUUUGUCCAGGCUAUUUCUCAGCAACUUAUGAUCAGAAUUCAAUGAAACUUUAUGGGAAGCUUCACUACCAAGAGGAGAUGUGCAUAUUAUCAGCGGGUUCUGGUCGGAUGAUUUUUCACAGAGUUAUGGCCCUUUGAAAUUUUCCAAUAACUGUACAUAUAGUGCAAUUCUUGUCCGGGCUAUUUCUCAGCAACUUAUGACCGGAAUUCAAUGAAACUUUAUGGGAAGCUUCACUACCCAGAGGAGAUGUGCAUAUUAUCAGGGGGUUCUGGUCGGAUGAUUUUUCACAGAGUUUUGGCCCUUUGAAAUUUUAUAUAAAAAAAUUCUUGUCUCCCCAACUACUGUGCCCUCAAGACGUUUCCUUUUAUCUGAAUAUAUAGUGCCAUAUUGUGAUGAAAAAAACCUUUGGGGAGCAUCACCCGUCUCCAACGGUUUCUUGUUAUACUGGUGGUGGACAAAGAAAAGUACAGACAUACAUAGAUAAAACAUUAUGUGAUUCUUGUUGUUUGUGAACAAUGGGAUUCUUUCUAGAUUGAGUCAUGUUAUUUGUAAUGAAUAUGUGGUUAAUUCUUAUCUGUAUGCCUCUGCCAGUUCAUAAACUCAUGUUUGCCAUAAGGUCUAAUUCCAUUCGCCUCAAGGGCUAAUUGAGUUGUUAUUCAUUUUUUACCGUAAAACCUAUACAAAAAACAAACCACUUUAAAUUACCUUUCAUUAUUAUAGAAUAAGGUUAUGUUUUCAAUAUAAAGUCAUUUAUGAAUGCUGUGAAACAUUUCUGACCAAAAUGCCGAUGGUAUAAAGAUAAUUGAAAAUUCUGAAUUGUAACGCAUCCAAAUUCAUCUAGAGAAUACAGUUGAUGUCAUUUUAUUUCAAAAUCUUAUUAAUUUUGAGUUUAAUGGGUAAAUUGUUUGUAAUAGCGUCAAGAAUUAUUCCAAACAAAACUUAUCUCUGAAGUGAAAACUACAAAGAUAAAAAUGUCGGGCUCAAGGGCAAAAUCGAAUCAAGGUCGAGAAACCCUAACCACUCUAGACCCAAAUAUGGGUCCUGUUGGUCUUUAAACUAGGUAACUUGGCAAGUUCUUGGAAAAACAAAUUAAUGACACAAUCUUGAUUAAACUUAGUUAUAAUGUUGACCUUUUCAAUACCUAGACAGAGUUUAAAUGUGGGUCACAUGCGUCUAAAAAUAGGUCAACAUGUUGAAUCAUAGAAAUAACAGGUAAGAAACCACUAGUGGUUGCAUAUAUGGCUUAGUCUUUACUCUGUCAGAAUGUUAAUCUUUACACAAUCUAGGCCAUAUUCAAAUCUGGGUCACGUGUAAAAGCAACUUGGUCAGGAUGUCAAUACUUAGAAAAUCUGUGUACCCACCUCAGAAGCCACAUUUAUAAUGCAAUCUUGAUGAAACUGGGUCUUCAUGUUUAUGUUUACGAUAAUCUAGGCAGUUUUAAUUAGGGCCACAUGCUUCCAAAAACCUGGUCAUGGGGUCAAAUCAUAGAAAAACCUUGAAAACACUUCGGCUGCAUUUAAUACUCAUACUUGAUAGUAUCUAGACUGAGUUUUAAUCUGGGUCAUGUUAGUCCAAAAACUAAGGAACCAGGUUACAUCUUUGAAAAACCUCCUUCCAACUCUAGAUUUAUGACUCAAUUUUAAUGAAACAUGCUAAAAAUGUGUAUCUUUACAAUAUCUAGGCCAAGUUUGAAUCUUUUCAAUGGCUUCCAAAAAAACUAGGUCAUCAGGUAAAGUUUUGAACAAUUCAGGUUAUCACUCUAGAAUCCACAUUAACUGCACUAUCUCUAUGAAACUUGUUCUAAUUUUUUAUCUUUACUGUCUAAUAUCAACGCCAUGUUUGAACCUUGUUUUGUUUUUUAAGUCAAAAACUAGGGCAAGUUGUUGGCAAUUGGUUUACUUUGAACCAAGUUGAGCGAAUUAGGGCCAACACGUCCCUUUUGUUUUUAUAGUCCAUCGAAUUACAGCAAAGUAUCAUAAUGAACAUGGUUAUUGUGUGUGUUUGUUUUGCAUUAUUUGGUGCGGUUAUUCUAACUUAAUUUUUUUUUAUUUAUACAUGCCUAUCUCAAUAAAUUAUGGUUGUGGUGUCACAUGACACAAAAAUGUGUUUCUUUGUCACUCUUUGAUCUUAAUGGAUUUAAAACUGAUAUUGUUUAAAACUCUGUCCCCUGUUUACUUUUCCUCACUUGGUUAUUCAAUAUUUUGACAAAAUAUUUAAGAAAUAGUUGAAUAUGUUAGAUUUAUCAUUAUUUUACAAUUGCACAUGAUCUUGGAAAUAUAUUUGCAAUUGUUAUGGUCAAUUAUCCAGCACUCUUGGGUUCUGUUGUCUGCAAUAAAGUAACAUAUGAUUUCCUGGCCUUAUUAGGCUGGGUUUUAUAAGAACCAUUUUCAACUCGCACAGCUCAUAUGUCUUGUCUUCACUCAAUAUUAUUAAAACCCUAAGUACUAUUUAUUGUGAUUAUGACAAAGGUCCAAUGUUAAAUUACGUAAGGAUUGUAGUGAUCAUGUUCCUAUCUUGUAAUGGUACGUUUAAGUUAUUGGUUUAUAAAAUGAAAAUGUAUUUUAAUGUUUUGUAUAUUGUAUGGUUGUUUAACCCAUUAAUGCCUAGUGGACUCUCCCAUCCUCCUAAUUUGGAUCAAUGUAUUUCCAAAAUUAGGGAUGUCUAGUAUAUUUAAUAGCUCUACUGGCCGAAGGCCUGAAGAGCUUAUGUCAUGGCGUGGUUUCCGUCGUCCGUCCGUGCGUGGGUUAGACUUUUUCUUGUUUACGUGAUGAAGUCCACAGUUUUCAUCCAAUUCUUUUCAAACUUGUUCAGUGUCUUUAUGUUAAUGAGGACUCGAACCCUAUUGAAAAUGGGUUACAUCAGAGUAAAAAGUCCAGAAUUAUCUCCCCUUGAAUUUGAGAAAAUUGUGAAAUAAGGCUUGUUUACGCAAUAAAGUCCACAGUUUUCAUCCAAUCAUUUCCCAACUUGCACAGUGUCUUUAUCUGAAUGAUGAGUCAAACCCUAUUGAAAGUCCAGGAUUAUCUCCCCUUGAAUUUGAGGGAAAAAAAAGAAAAUCUUUAACAUUUUGCCUUAACAUUACAUUUGCAAUAUUGAAGAUAGCAACUUCAUAUUUGGCAUGCAUGUGUAUCUCAGGGAGCUGCACAUUUUGAGUGGUGAAAGGUCAAGGUCAUCCUUCAAGGUCAAAGGUCAAAAAAUAAAUAUUCAAAGCGGCGCAGAAGGGGACAUAGUGUUUCCGACAUUUCUUGUUUGUUUACAUAUAAAGUUCUAUCCUUUUGAAACUUCAACGGAUGUUUUAUAUCAUCAAGGGCAAGAACCCCAUUGAGAGUGAAGAGAAUUUGUCAAACUUAUUGUUGAAAAGGAGCCAUUUGAAGUUUAAAUUUUACGUUUCUUCUUGUUUAUGUGAUAAAUUUCCCAUUUUGGGUCUGUUAAUUUAAAACUUACUCAGAUUGUUCAUAUUAUCAAGGGCUUGAGCCCUAUUGAUUCCAGCCAGUAGAGCGAUUCAGGCCCUCAUGGGCCUCUUGUUUCUAUAUUUAGAAUAUUUCUUACAAAAAUUCCUUUAAGCAAACAGCGCAGACCCAGAUGAGACGCUGCAUGAUGCUGCGUCUCAUCUGGGUCUACGCUGUUUGCCAAGGCAUUUUUUUAGAUGCUAGGCAUAAAUGGGUUAAAUAUGUGUGUGAUUUGUGCAGAUAAUUUUCUAAAUGUUCACUGGUUGCCCAUUAAAGGGUAUAAUAGGAUUUAUGGCUCAGCAAAAUUAAGUACUUAAACAAUUAUUUUUUACUGUAAAUAUGUUCAUUUUACAUUCUUUUUUAGCUGGCCUGAGCACCAAAUGCUCAUGGUGAGAUUUUGUAAUUGCCUUUUCCCAUUUUUGUUUGUGGUCCUUUUUAGAAUUUACCUUGUUAACACUAUAGAGGCCACAUGUAUUUCCAAUCUUUUAGAAAUUUGCUCCUAUUGAUAUCUGGGCUAAAUCCCGAUCUCAGUAUUUUAAGGUCAAAAACUAGGUCACUUAGUAAAUUAAAAUAAACACUUUUUAAAACUCCAGAAGUAAUAUUUUUUUUGUUCAAUCUUCAUAAAAAUAGUUAGAACGUUUGUUCUAAUGAUAUUUUAGCUUAGGUUGAAAAUGGUUUUCAUCCCCUUUCCUCUGAAUCUGUUGCUAUGUUAAAGCUGUGCUGAAGUUUAAAUUGUUUAAGAUAAUAAAGUUUCGGUGUAGAAAUGUCAUAAACGGCAGCUUUGUACAGACACAUGAUGUGUAAUUAAUAAUUUUUUCUUUGUUGAACAAAUUAAAAACUGUAUACAUGUGUUUAUUGACUAAUCAGUAUUAAUGACAAAAGUUUGUUAGCCCAUAUCAGAUUCCAAUGUCAGUAUUCAUGCUGUACAUACUACAUUAUUUUGAAGCUUGUUUCAUGUUGUAUUCAUGUUCAUGUGCAUGCCAUCAUUGUAUCCAAAUAAUAACACAUAAUGUAGUAGUUUUAGCUACAAGUAUUAAAUUAUUGUUGUGAACAAUAUGUCUUUUAACUCGCCAAUAUAGCAUAUAAAACCCAACUUUAGUCAGAAAAUAAUAUGAUCUGAUUGUAGACUUGUUUAAAAAAAAACUUACUGCAUCAUAUCUGAUUACUGUUCACACUGAAUAAAUGAACCACUUGAAAACUAUAAAAGCAUACAUUAAUCACUAAAAUGUUUGCUAUUCAUGAGCCAGGCUUCUAUGGAUAUUUUUUGUUUAACUCUUUCAGUGCGGGAACCGAAUUUUGAAGACCUUUGCAAACAGUUUGGAUCCAGAUGAGACGCCACAGAACGUGGCGUCUCAUCUGGAUCCAAACUGUUUGCUAUUCUGAUAGUAUUCUUUGAAAAAAAUUCGAAGAAAAUGCUAAUUUUAGAAAUUCAACAGACGACAUUUUAGCAGAAGACAAAUUUCCCAGCAUGCAAUGGGUUAAAGGAUGUCUCAUCUUUACGCAAUCUAGUCUUGGUGGAAACUGUCUUCCCACAGACAGCACCUGCUAAUCUGGGAUGAUACUUUACACUCAUGCCGUCCUAUAUCUCAAGCGAUAGUUUCAAUUAUAAUCGUUUUGUGAGUGCAAGUUUUGCAUGGUGAAUUGUUACCAUAGAAACUUUUCUCCUGGAAACUUAUAUAAACAAAUGAUCCCGAAACUGCGGAAUCUUGGGUAGAAAAGUAAAGCAGUUUUAUGCUCAAGUCUUGAUGUAUUUAAUGUAACCAGAGCUCCAUAUAAGGUUCCAUACUUAAGGGCAUUUUAACCCUUAAACAUUUAAUGCCUUGAUAUUUUACUUCCAGACAAUAAGCUUUCAAGAGUAUUGGGAGGUUUGUAAUGUUGUUUUUAGCUUUAGUUUAAAGUAGGCAUUACAAUAUAAUGUUAAUAUGAUUAUAUCAAGUGUUAAGUGCCAGUAUAUAAAUGUGAUUGUCAUUAUGAAAAACUAGUAUAGAUCAAUUAAAUACAUCAAAACAAGCAUUUUCUAAUUGAAAAAUCUAUAAAUACACUACAUGUGAAAAUUACUUAUGUCUGAGCUGUGUUAAAAUGUAUUGUAUUUCCAGCGUUGUAUAAUAAUCUCUGUGUUGUGUAUUACUAAAUAAUAAACACAUGUGCACCUCUA